AUGGGGCGUUGUGAGGAGACGGGGCGUCGUGAGGGGAGAAGUGAGGAGACGGGGUGUGAGGCAGCGGUUUCAGCUCAAGGAAUUGGGACCCUUGUGGGUGAAAGCACCGUCCCCCCGACCUUUACCCCACUCCCCUGCACAGUAACUAACCAGACCAUCCACUGUGUGUUACAGCAACUGAAACACCCCAACCUGGUGAACCUGCUGGAAGUGUUCAGGAGGAAGCGGAAGCUGCAUCUGGUCUUCGAAUACUGCGACCACACAGUUCUCCAUGAGCUGGACAAGCACCCCCGGGGGGUGCCGGAGCAUCUAGUGAAGAGCAUAACCUGGCAGACCCUCCAAGCUGUGAACUUCUGCCAUAAACACAAUUGCAUCCACCGAGAUGUAAAGCCAGAAAACAUCCUGAUAACAAAGCACUCAGUCAUCAAACUUUGUGACUUUGGAUUUGCUCGCAUACUGACUGGUCCAAGUGAUUAUUACACAGACUAUGUGGCUACCAGGUGGUACCGCUCUCCGGAGUUACUUGUGGGAGACACCCAGUAUGGGCCUCCCGUGGACGUGUGGGCGAUUGGCUGUGUGUUUGCAGAGCUGGUAUCCGGGGUCCCCCUGUGGCCGGGCAAGUCUGAUGUCGACCAGCUGUACCUCAUCCGGAGGACCCUGGGGGAUCUUAUUCCCAGGCACCAGCAAGUGUUCAGCACCAACCAGUUCUUCAGCGGGGUAAGAAUUCCAGACCCAGAGAGCAUGGAGCCGUUAGAAAUGAAAUUCCCUAAUAUUUCAUACUCUGCUUUAGCUUUCAUGAAGGGUUGCCUUCGUAUGGACCCUGCGGAGAGGCAGACAUGUGAGCAGCUGCUGCAGCAUCCCUAUUUUGACAGCAUUAGGGAGGCAGCGGAUCUGGGGAAAGAACAUGAAAAAACGGCUCGGAAGCCAGCCAGGCUGACUCGGAAGCACAUGCCAGGGUUACAGUACCUGCCUCAGUUAACCAGUAGUAACGUUCUGCCAGCUUUGGACAGCAAGAAGUACUGCUGCAAAACAAGGAAAUCAGACUACCACUUCCCCAACAUCUAACCGGAUGGCAGAUUAAAAACUGUUUAUUGUUCAAAGUUCGAGUCAUUCAGAAUUUUUAAAAGGAGGAUACGUGGUGGAAAACUAAAUUAAUACAUGUUAUGACAUCUACAAAAGUGGUCUGUCAAGUAAUGUAUUCUGGGUCACUACUGGAAGGAAAGUGAUGCACCGAGAAAGCUCCAAGCUCACGUUAGUCAGUGUUCUGUGUACAAAGGAAAAUACAUUUGUUUUGCUUUAAUUCGUGAUUGUAUACUGGUUCGGGAUUGUAUACUGGUUCAGGAGUACCGCAACCCAGUGUUUACAGGCUGAAUUUAAAAACUCUUGCCUGUCUAUCACCUGUAUUUCAGACUUGGCAGAGGAACUGCAACCUCGCCAAAUAAAUCAGAGUCCCACCAUGUCAACACAGCAAUAGUGCUUUGGGCUGGGGCUAAGUCACUGAUCCCGCAGGGAACCGGCAACGUAUUGCCUGUGCCAGUAGAAGAGAGAUGUACGUGUUUGUGGAGCCGAGCCUGAUGAUGAGGCUACCGAACCGGUCCAGUUAGUUACAAACCUGCUGAAAUAGCACUGCUUUAAAGAUAGGUCUGUCUUACAUACUGCGUUUCUAGAUCACAAAGUAUCAGAAGUACUGGUAAUGACUUAGACUUAAUGGAAGGCUCGACAGGCGCUGCUACCAGGAGAACGUAUAAACAAUAAAACCUGUUGUUUCUUUAGUCUUUUCAGAGUUUCUCCUGCCUGUUUCUUCCUUGCCUUAUGAGGUUGUUUUUAUUUGCUGUUUCUGUCAAUAGUGAAGUCACUUGCCUGUAGUGUUACAGAAAUUGUUUUUAUCAAAAAUAAUUCAUGAAUAUAAUUUAUAACAUUGGCCAGACACAGGCGGGAAUUCUACCUAAGCAUAUGUAUUAGAAUGCUUCUUGGGUUUUGUGUAAUCUCAGGAUGUAGUAUUGUGUUGAUUUUGAAUAAAAUAAAUGUAGCUCAUUUUUCCAGUUUACUGGAUGUGUUUUACUGUAUAGAGUUUUACUACUGGGCAAGGAACGUCCUCUUUCUCCUUGAAACCUAGAGCAAAAAUGUUUUCUUUUCCCAGUACUGUUUGUGUUCAACAACAGUAAAAGCAAUUUCAAUGGGACAGGUGCCAUAUCCUUACAGAGUGUGCCUGUCUGCCUUUUAUUUCAUAUUACAAUUUAUUAUAUUUUAAUCUUGAACAUUGUGUCCAUAGAUCGUGUUGGUUACGCUCAGAAAGCUUUGGCGUUCCGGUACUUUCCGUAUGGAUAUUCAGCCAUCUAAUCCCAUACACGUGCAAGGCACGGCAGCACCCACGCGCCGUCCGUAAGCAGUAGAUAGGACACAGCCCUGGGCAGCGCAGGCUGGAGGGAACGUCACCUCUGGACACCGUUCCUGCCCGCUCUGUGCUAGGAGAUACCAAGGAGAAUCAGCCCCACGACGCAGCUAGUGCACAAUGUUGUCCUUUCCGGUGCUUGGCAUCAUCUCCUUCAGAGGACAAGCUGACCAUCGGGGCAAAGAAAAGAGACUCAGUCGUGCCGAGGUAGCCGUGUCUGAGACAUCACUAUGAAAUCUGCUUUCUUGGAGUCGUCGCCUACCGCCUUUCUCUCCCCUACCACCGAAGCUAGGAAUUUGACUAAAAAUGCCAUAUUCUUCCAGAGGAUGAAUCAUUCUCUUGUUUAGCAGGAGUGAUAUGGGUGCAACUAAAGAGGUACACAGAACUAACUUAGUCCGUGUCAGCAUACAGCAAAAAUGUGUGCAAGGGCUUAUCUAAGAGACCCUGCUUCCCCACAAAUACAGCAACGUUCCGUUCCUCGGCU